GGCCCCAGAUAAUGUUACUAGAAGAAUGUGCUCAUAACAUUGAGAGAACAUACCAGAAUGUUCUGAGAACGUCCAUAUCUAAUGGUUUUAUCAAGCUGAAAACCCUGGUGCUUAUUUAUUUGACUCUUUUCUCUAGUUUCAGUGUGCUAAUGGUUUUAUUAACAUUUUGUGAAGGUUACGCUUUCACAGCAGAAGUGAAAAGCAGAAACUCACCCAUGAUGCUCUGAGAAGAGGAAGCGCGGCUGACUGGUAAUAUCUGGCAUGUUUUAGGCGUGUUUUAGGCAUGUGGUGGUUUCAGGAGGGUUUGUGCGUCUUGCCCGUGGCGCUGGUCAUCUGGACCGCCGCCACCUUCAUCUUCGCUUACAUCACGGCCGUCAUCCUGAGACACGUGGACCCGCUGCUGCCCUACAUCAGUGACACGGGGACGGUCGCGCCGGAGAGAUGCGUGUUUGGACUCAUGCUGAAUGUGUCUGCAUUUUUAGGUGUCGCUACUAUGUACGUGCGCUAUAAGCAGCUUCGUGCGCUCGGGGACGUGAACGACACUCGUCUGAACUGCCUCAAUCUGAUGGGGUUCGUUCUGGGCUGCGGAAGUUCGUUCGGCAUGUGCGUCGUCGCAAACUUCCAGAAAACCACUCUGUUCGCGAUGCAUCUGGUGGGCGCCAUGCUGACGUUCGGCGUGGGCGCUCUGUACAUCCUGGUCCAGACGCUGCUGUCGCACCGCAUGCAGCCACACAUCCACAGCAAAACCAUGUUCUGGACGCGGCUGAGCGUCUGCGUCUGGACCUUCGGCAGCAUCAUCAGCAGUAUCCUUUAAAAUGAUAGUUCACCCA